UCCAUUGGUGACGAAAGGGUCACACGCUCGAAGGUAAAUAAACCAUUUGGUGGCAUUUCUCUCAGCCGAAUCCUGCGAAAUCCCGUUAAAUGACGCGCCAUGCCCGCAACUGUACGGCCGGAGCCGUGUACACAUACAACGAGAAGAAGCGCGAUGCAGCGGAGUCCGGCUACGGGACGAAUGCGCAGCGCCUGGGCAAGGACUCGGUGAAGUCCUUCGACUGCUGCUCGCUGACGCUGCAGCCGUGCCGCCGGCCCGUAAUCACCAAGGACGGCUUCCUGUUCGACAAGGAGGCCAUCCUGCAGUACAUCGUGACCAAGAAGAACGAGUACAGCCGCCGGCUGAAGGAGUACGAGCGGCUGAGGCGCGCAGAGGAGGACCAACUGAGCCAGGAGGCCAACAGCAAGCAGCAGGCGCGCAUGGAGCGCUUCGUCAACGCUGAGAAGCCGGCGAUGACACCCGCCCACUCCUCCGCCGGUGCCGAGAAGCCUUCUACCUCAUCCGCUGCCGCCGCCGCCGCCGCCGCUGCAGCUUCCUCCUCCUCCUCCACUUCCUCCUACUCGAUUUCCAACAUGACUAACGGGCACGAGAAGAAGCUGCCCAGCUUCUGGCUGCCCUCCGAGUGCCCCAACGCCGGGGUGGCCAAGGCCCAGAAGCCCGAUGCCACCAUCUACUGCCCAGUUUCGAUGCAACCCCUGAGGGUCAAGGAUCUGAUCGACGUCAAGUUCACGCUGCUCAAGGACGGCGACUCCAAGCGCUCGCUAAUCGCCAAGGAGGCGCGCUACAUGUGUCCCAUUACCCACGAUGUCCUCAGCAAUGCGGUGCCCUGCGCCGUGCUCCGACCCACGGGCGAUGUGGUGACCAUGGAGUGCGUGGAGCGACUGAUCAGGAAGGACAUGAUCCAUCCGCUCACCGAUCGCAAGCUUAAGGACAAGGACAUCAUUCCCCUCCAGCGAGGCGGCACUGGCUAUGCCACUACCAACGACAAUCUGCAAGCCAAGGAAAAGCGACCCAUGCUUCAGGUUUAGGGCGGAUUUCCAUCAGCUAUUUUAGUCCUCCGCAAUACAAAUUCAUCGACUUAAACGAAUUUUUAGCCUUUUAGCUAAAAAUUCAUGCAGCAAUCUAAAUCACAAUCAGAUAGUUAUUAACAUUUUAAUGCUUGUAUUUAUGUCUUUUGAAAAUUCAAAAUCAAAUUGUAAAUAGGCAUUUUGGUUUUUCAAAUUAAUCUUAUUCCUAGCUUUUGUUAGUACGAAACUUUGUAAACAUACUUGGUGUUUAAUCCGUUAUGCGCUGAGCAACAUCUAUAAAUAGAAUCAUAAUUAUGUAUCCCUUACAACUUGUAAAAUAAACAAAUUUUUACAUAGAAAA